UCAGACGUGACCAUCUAGACGAGAGUAAUCAACUACCGCUUGUGAUUUAUCGUUUACUUCGGUCUUUUUACUGUUAAGCUAGCAAGUUUAUAGUUGGCUGAUUGUAGCUUCUUGUCUUCCCGUUUGCUAAUACAACUAUUCAGCUAUGAACUUCGCUUGUGUCUUACGUUCAUCGGCCACGGGACUUCGUUGAACGGCGACUUUUGGAAAUCACCGUCAUAUUGUGUCCUGGGCAACAUCGAAAGACUAGCAGGUUAACAGGUUUAGCUACCGUUAGCCAUGGCCCUGUCCUGGUUGACAUGACAACUUUCCCGACCUGCUGAUGUUCCGUGUGUCAUCCCUGUGAUAUUCCUGCCCGGUGGACCAUCUUAAACAACACAGCAUGGAUGAGGAGUCUGUAGACCAAGUGUCCAGUCUGUCUCCUUUUCGCCACAACGCUGGAGCUGACUGUAACCAUGGUGACCAGAGCUCACUGUUGAGUCAGCGGGAGAUGGUGUUGGAAAACCACGAUUAUCUCCAUCACCGUGAAACACUGGCCUCAAAGGUUUCAGAGGAAGAGAGAGGAGCGUGGUGCGAGUCUGAUGUCCCUGUAGUACAACAGAACAACCUCGACAACACAACAUCGUCCACUAAGAAGUCUUUCCCUUGCUCUGUGUGUGGCCGACUCUUCACUACAAAACAGUCCCGGGACCCACACAUGAAGACCCACACGGGAGAGAAGCCGUUCCACUGCACCGUGUGUGGGAAGAGCUUCUCUCAGCAGUCCUCCUUUAGGAUACACCAGAAGAGCCACACGGGGGAGAAGCCCUACCGCUGCCUUGCACCUGACUGUGGGAAGAGCUUCUACCAAUCAGGAGCCUUGUUGAGACACGGAAGGGGUCACGCUGAGGGGUCGACAAGACUAAGAGCUGCUGAAGAUGUGCUGCCACACCAACAGGAGCUGCUUGUCCAACAGGACGAUACUAGUAACAAGAAUUCUAAACUUCAGGCUGUAGUGGAUGUUCUGCCAGAGCAAGAGGAUGUCCGUCUGGCUCAAGGUACUGACAGGUGGUUUAGGAAGACAUGUUGCUACAAUGCAAAUCAUGUUCAAGUUCCAUAA